UUGAAUUCCGACAAAUCAUAAAACUAAUUUUACAAGAAACUGCAGCAACUGAAAACAAAGGAGUGAAAAAAAAAUGGAUUAAGAGAAAAAGGUAGGAUGAAAGUGUGUUUGAGGUGACUAAUGAGCAUAAGCAUAUUGUGGGACUCUAAAAAAAGUAAAGAAAAGAACAAAAUCAGCAAAUAUAAUCACAAAAAUCAAAAGCAGAAAGAGGGCUCAACUAAAGAAAGAGAGCUGUCGCUUUUGCAAGUUUUCAAUUUUUAUCAGAUGCUUCAGCUGCGUUGCUUGUUCGCAUAGUAGUUGUGAAACUAGGGACACGAAAUGGCAUCUCCGAGAUUAAUGGGAGGAGAAGUCAUUAACCAUGAGAUCGAGUCUAAGAGUGUUCCACACCGUCUUGCAAGAAGCAUGAGCCAGAAGUUGAAAAGAAAGAGCGAGAAGAACGAAGGUUCUGAGGAAGAUGAGGCGAGUGGUGUUUCGUUGAGCUGUCUUUCGCUAUACGGAAGAGGAGGGGGUUGCAGAGUGAGUGCUGACAUGGACGAGAAAUCAGAGGAUCCGGGGAGUAGAAGGAGGUCGAGUGCAAGUGAGGAUGGGAAAGGCACAAUGUCAGGGAAGGAUAAUGCCUCGGUUGAUUGCUUUUCCAUUGGAAUGGAGAGAUUCUUCAGGAGGAACAACAACAGAAGGCUGUUGAAAUGUAGCAUGGUCGAGCAAAGUAAUAGCAUGAACGCACGCCUUCCUGAUGAGAUUCUAGAGAUGUGCUUGGUCAGACUCCCGUUGGCUGGUCUUGUGAAUGCUCGUCUCGUGUGCAAGAAAUGGAGGAACUUGACUGCAUCGCCCCGGUUCAUGCAGAUCAGGCGAGAGGGCUUGUUUCAGAGCUCGUGGUUGUUUCUUUUUGGUCUUGUGAACAAUGGCUAUUGUUCCGGUGAAAUACAUGCGUUGGACGUCUCUCAGAAACAAUGGCACAAGUUAGAUUCACAGAUUCUCAAGGGGAGGUUUUUCUUUUCAGUAGCUGGCAUCCGCGAGGACGUCUAUGUGGUCGGGGGUUGCUCUAGCUUGACUAACUUGGGGAGGGUGGACCGGAGCUCGUUCAAGACUCACAAGGGGGUUCUAGUGUUCAGCCCGUUGACAAAGUCGUGGCGUAAAGCUGCAGCUAUGAAGCACGCCAGAUCAUCUCCCGUUUUAGGAGUUUCGGAGGUGAACCAAGAUUAUUUCCUCUCUAGAAACCAACAGAGUCGAGCAGAGAAGCGUUUUCAUCGCUCGAAAGUAGGUGGCACGACGGAUGUCUACGAGGAUCCUCACAGGCUCUCAGUUAGACGACAACAAUCCAGGCACUCCCUUGAUGAGAACGAAGUCUCGUUGUUUGAUACCAUCAAGCCGUGCAGGUCGACCAGGCAAAAACACGAGAGCUCUUCCAGCAAAGGCGGUAGUAGGAAGUUUGUGAUGAUUGCAGUCGGAGGCCUCGGAUCUUGGGACGAAGCGCUUGAUUCAGGCGAGAUUUACGACCCUAUAUCGAAUAAGUGGACAGAUAUUCAGCGAAUGCCUCUAGAUUUCGGUGGGGCUUGUUCUGGUGUUGUGUGCAACGCGGUCUUCUACGUCUACUCCGAUAGCGACAAGCUAGCUGGAUAUGACGUAGAAAGGGGGUACUGGACCAGAAUCCAAAUUACCUCAAGCUUGCCCCGCGUGCACGAGUACCUUCCAAAGCUCGUCUCCUGCAAGGGCCGCCUGCUGAUGCUCUCUGUGUCGUGGUGUGAGGGAGACGGCCAGAUUGGCCGGAGGAAUAAGGCAGUGAGGAAGCUCUGGGAGCUCGAUCUCGUGCAUUUGAAAUGGGAUGAGGUGUCUGCACACCCUGAUGCUCCAAUGGACUGGAAUGCUGCGUUUGUUGCUGAUGAGGAAGUUGUCUUUGGUCUUGAGAUGUUUAAGAUUUUCGGACAGGUGAUUGACUUCGUGACUGUUUUUGAUGGGUCCGAUUCUGGAUCGGGGUGGAACCAUAUUUCCAGAAAUCAUAUUGCGCACGACUUGGAUGCGUUGUCGUGCACGACGAAAUCUAUGACAUUGCUGCGCCUGUGAGUGAAGAUUAGAAGAAUUGAAGAAAUCCAUUGUUUGUUUUCAAUCUGAUUUUUUCCGUUUCUGGAUUUGGUAGAUCAAUCAAAGCAUGUUAUUGAUAUUAGUUUUUCUUCAAUAUGUUGUUGUAUGAUAUGCUCCAUUGAGCUCUGAAUCCAUACCUUGCAUAUACAUAUACAAGGUUUUUUAGCAGAA